AUGAAUCCUUUAAGUGAUACAUGCGAUGCAUUUGCUUCUAUCGAUAAUAUUCUACAGAAACGAAAAAAAACGAUGGGAAAUUCUUUUAUUGAGUCUACAGCAAUGGAAAAAUUGACCGAAGACAAUUUUCAUUAUGCUCAUUUGCACAAUCGAAGUAUUGAUCAAUUACCAAAUUUAAAUACUGAUGAUGUCGAACAAUUGAAAUCAUUUAAUAUUUGUACGAUGCAAGAUUUGCUUGGUCGUUUUCUUAUUCAUGAUACUGCUGAAGAGUAUUAUAGUUUUCUAAUAAAAAGCUUUCAAUUAAGUGAAAAAACAGCAUUAGCCAUUACCAAACUAUUUCAUCAAUGGACAAAAUAUAAUAUAGAUGCUACCAUCGAUAACAAUAAAUAUUGA